ACAAAUUCCUCUGGGUGACGAGAGUUUAUGAGCUUAUGAACAUGGCUGUGAUAUAGACAGGAUGAUUUAUCAGAGAAAGGAAAAGGGCCAAAAAGAGCCGGUUAUCCUCUACAACCAACAAAUAUACAAGCCAAAACCAGAAGGAUGAAGACGACAAGAUGUCAUUUUGUUUUUGUUUAUUAAAUAUUUGCAUCAUUCUUCAACAUGUCAGCAUAGAAAAACUUUGGGAUUACCUCCUCAGACACACUUACCUUCAAAUAUUCCUCUGGCUAUCCCUAGGUAAUGAACUCCAAAAGAAAACAUGGAAAGAAUCAUUAAACGCGUUUUCUUCGUCAUCUCCACCAUCUCUUUCUUCUUCUUCCUCUCUUCUUUCAUCCAAGAACAACACUUUUUUGUUCGCGAAACUUCUCAUCCUGCUUACAGAACCUCAGUUUACCAUACAUUCGGUUUCAUCAUUCACUGUGGCUUUCCUGCACCAGGAGCUGUUGUACGAACUGUUAUACAAGCUUUUAUUGCUUGGAAAGCUUAUAAACUUCCAUGGCCAUUCAAUGUUCUAUUGAUUGCUGUCGACCAUUUCUAUUUAUCAACCAAAAAAGACCCUUUCUAUAAGGAAAGCGUCUGCUCAAAGCUCUUGUUGAUUCCUUACCAAAUGCAAAAGGUGUGGAUACAUCCUAUCCACAUACAAAAGCUUACCAUCUUCCACGCAUUACCACUUUGGCUGCAGGAGGGGAACGGUUUAAGUGAAACUCUUGCCAUCGGGAUGUUUACCCAAGAGCCGUAGUCUUGCCCAACCAUAGCCUUUCGAAAGGUAUAUUACUUUAUAUUCUACGUCUUAUUCACUUUGCCUACACGCAUACAGAGGUUUGAACCCAUUCAAAGAAAGUAAAAUAGAAUGAAUAAUAAUGGGUCGUUGGCUACGUUUGCAAAGAUCUUAGCAGGAAUGACCAAAUUAAACAUGAUGACCUAUGAUCAAAUUUAAGAUACCAAUUACAACAUCUUGGUUCAUCUAAAAAAACUAAGAAAGAUAUACCAGACCUAUAGCAUCACUAGUAAAAUGUAAAAAUCAACAUUAAAAAUUUUCCUUUCAAUGAAAAUUCAGGAUGUUGCUGAUUUCAAAGACGAGAAAAGGUUUUACUAAAACCAUGAUCUGAGGGACAUCCCAUCCUCCAAUCUCUAAAUAACAGCCGUUUAUUGGGAGGUUCUUUUCACUAACAUACUAUUAAUGCUAUUUUCAAAUAAGGAAUUGACAAACUAUUAUUCUUCGUUCUACUGCCUAUCCCCAUUCUGAGCCAUAUCUAUUUCUACCCUAGAAAGUUGUAUGAAUCAUGUGUAAUAUGGUGAUCAAUUUAUUUUAACUUCCAGGGGUAUAAGGAAGCAACAAUGAAGUCGAGGAAUCACUACCAGAUUCUCUUAUCUCACUUCCUGGACUUAACUCCAUUAUAAGUUGUUUUUUACACAAGGUUCUAUAUUGUGCUGCCAAACUAGCUAUUAUCUGUUUCAUAUUAUGAAGAUAAAGGCUAGUAACUCAAUUAUCAUGAUAUUUCUUCCCCAGAUGCUAAGGAUGCAAUCCUCAACUUGAAAACGAUCUCCCAUCUUGCUUGAAGAGCUUGAGACUAGCCAUCAAGAACGAAACUAAAAUACAAUUUAUGACUUCAGAAAACAAUGGAGGCAUUUAAAAGAACCUGUACUGACAUUUUGCAGUGUGUGUGUUCUGGAAAUCAAGCGAUAUUGCUGCGUAUGGAUCUACUGUAGCUAUUGCUGCUAUUGGAAACAUUCUGGUUUGCCUUUACAGACAAAAACUAAUGACUAGUAGAAAACGUAAUGGAAACAAUUCUCAAGGCAAAGAGUAAUCCAUUGUCAUGAAUUUAAUAUCAACUAACUGCA